AUGCCGGCGCUCUCCUCGUACAACUCAUCAGCCGACUCAUCCAGACAUUCAAUUGGCUCUGCAUAUGAUACCAGUUCAUCACGAGUGGGAACCGGGACGUCCAGAUGGGACAGAGGCUCCUCUCGUUUGGACACACUCUCCACCAGAUUAGAUACAACUCCCGCUCGACGAGAGAGUGAUUUCGACACAUCUUCAGCAUUCAGAACAUCUUCGGGAACCUCUCGACUGGAGAGGACCUCAAGAUAUUCACUGCAAGACUCAUCCGAUUUGGACGCACCGGCCUCUCGUUGGGGCCGAACCACGACUACUACUUCACGAUUCAUAACAGACACCGAUUCAGACACCGGACCCUUCAGUAGACGAGAGUCUCGCACUUCACGACUAAUAAGUGACUCGUCUUUGGAUUUGGACACCUCUUCCUCCAGAUAUGACCGAACCUCUAGAAUAUUAAGAGAAUCUAUUGAUUCUGAAGUGACGCCAUCGUCAAGAUAUGAGACCAGGAAGUCAUCCAGAAUUUUGACAGAAUCUCCAGAAGUAGACACUACCUCUCGAUGGGAUAGAACCUCAACCCGAUUUGGCACAGAAUCGCCUGAAUUUGAGUCAUCGACCACCAGAUAUGACAAAAAAUCUUCACGUUUAGUGUCAGUGUCUUCAGACAUAGACGAACCAUCGACCAGAUAUGAUAGGAGUUCCAGAUAUACCACCGAUUACUCCACUGAAUUAGAUGCCGGGUCUCCCAAAUGGGAUACAGAAUACUCGAGUCAAUACAAUCGUUGGGAUUCAGCCGUCUCUCGAUUAGACCGACAGUCCUCCAGAGUGUCGACCGAUUCAACCGAUUUAGACACUGGAGUCCCAGGAUAUGAUAGCCGUUCCACUCGUUUGGAUCGUCAAACGUCUCGCACAUCUGAAGCCGGCUCUGAAUCGUCUCGUUCUGAAAGACGAUCUAAAUAUGAGUCUUCAUAUGGAUUAACACAACAGUCCGAUGCAGACAAUGAAUCCUCUGGUUUAGUGCGGACCACGUCUGGGAUUAUUAGGGGAAAGGCUUUACGAGAAACAACAGACUCGGAAGUGGACUCCACUCCAAGUAAACCGAAAGUCAAAAAGACUAUAAAAUCUGUUUCUCAAUCAGAGGGUCAGACGGCAACUCUUGAGUGUGAAAUCUCUGGAUACCCAACACCUUCUGUUCAAUGGCUUAAAGAAAAUAAAAUUAUCUCCAAUGAAGAUCGCUUUGAGACGAGAUCUAAUGGAAACAAACACUAUCUUAUCAUAAAUGAUUUGAAACCUGAAGACGUUGGUCUCUAUACAGUGGCCGCCACUAACACUUUGGGUACAUCAUCAUCGAGUGCUGCCAUUAAUGUCUUACCCGGCGUGAGUAGUCCGACGUUUGACUCGAGACCUACCAGUCCCGGCGGUUCAUUCUUACCCCGAGCGCCAAAGUUUAAGGUUAAGCUCAAAGACACAGAACUAUUGGAUGGGACGACAGUUCGCUUCGAACUAGUAGUGCGAGGAAUGCCUAUCCCUACCGUCUCUUUUUAUAAAGACAACGAACCAUUAAAAGAAGACAAAAGAAUCAAAAUUUUAUUUGAAUCGAAAGAAGUCUUCGAAUUAAUGAUAGAUCACAUCACCGAAGAAGACGCCGGUCUUUACAAAUGUGUGGCCAUUAAUAGUGAGGGAAAGGAUGAGACUUCUGGUAGAAUAACAGUGACGAUUAACGAUUGCUUCCCAAACAAAACAGAACACAAAGACGUCUUCCCCGGUAUCGAAGACGAGCCAUCCGUCGACUUCACAAAAGCCGAUUCAUUAAGUCCCAGAUCGCGGUCACCGGUAUUCAAAUGGUUCAAAGAUGGCAAAGAGUUUGAGGCGUCGGAGCGCUUUCAGGUGCAGUUCGACGACGAAGAGGACACCAUUACUCUGGUCUUUCAACACGUGAAGCCUGAAGACGCAGGUCUGUAUACAUGUGCCGCUUCGACCAGUAGUGGAAAGAUAUCAUGCAGUGCUGAAUUGACAGUUCAAGGACUCCUCAACCAAUUGCCCAGAGAUCCCAUUCCCCCCACCAUUAAGCUAGCGAUGGCCGACGUGGAGGUUAGUGAAGGCGCGUCGGCUAUGCUUGAGGCCAAAGUGGCCGCUUAUCCCCGGCCGCAGAUCCGGUGGUAUAGGGGCCGAGAGCUUAUUGAGAGCUCCGAGAGGUAUAAAUUCCUGUAUGAAGACGAGGAAAGUUAUACUCUUGUGAUUAAAAAUACCAAAAAAGAAGACGAAGGGAUGUAUAGAGUCGUAGCCAUCAAUGACUUGGGAGAGGUGGACACCAGCGCUAAACUAACGGUGAAUGUGUCGCCGAGGUUUAGGAGACAAAUGAGAGACCAGUCGGUGAUGACCGAUGAGUGUCUCAAACUUGAGGUUGAGAUCGACGCCAAUCCGACGCCAGACGUCAAGUGGUUUAAAGACGGCCAACAGAUUAAGGAAAAGAAGGGAAUUAAGAUAUUGAGUGACACCGAGAGAAGUGUUUAUAACUUAAUGAUUGAAAAAGUGAAGAUUGAAGACUCCGGGAACUACUCGUGCGUCGCCACCAAUGAGUUGGGACAACAGACUUCCUAUAAUAUCGUUACAGUCAAUGGUCCUCCAGUUUUCAAGAGUAAACUGGAAAAUGUUGAGAUAGUGGAGGGCCAGAGAGCGGAACUGGCGGUUACUGUUGGGGGUUAUCCCAAACCUAACGUUAAAUUUACUAAAAAUGAGAAACAAGUGAAAGAGGACUCGAGGGUUAAGGUGACCGAAGACAAAGAGGGAUCUUUUAAGUUAGUCAUUAAUGAAAGCUCUUCAUUGGAUUCGGGAAAAUAUAAAUGUAUUGCAAGUAACGAAUGGGGAGAAGAGACCAGUGAAGCCGAGCUUACCAUCAAAAAGAGUUCAAUGAAACCUAAUUUCAUUAAAAAAUUACGCGACUCUGAGGCUAAGGAUGGAGACCAACAAAUUGAGUUCAACGUUCAAGUCGAGGGAAUUCCCAAACCGGAGAUCAAAUGGUUCCGCGAAGGGCUUGAGAUUAAGGAAAGGGAUGGCUUUAAGUAUGUGAUCGACGACGAGAAUCAGAGCUAUACUUUGAUUAUCCCAAAAGUGAGCGGUGAAAGUGCCGGUAGCUAUAAAUGCGAGGCUCAUAACAGUGAGGGAUCGGCACAAACCAGUGGUGUGUUGACAGUGAAUACUUCGCCCAAAUUCAUCAAAAAGCUCGAAGAUAUUUCAGUCAAUGAGGAAGAAGAGGUACGGCUUGUGGUGAAAGUGGUCGGUUGUCCGACUCCUUCCGUCAAAUGGUUUAAAGACGAAACUCGAAUCGAAACCAACGACAGACGACUUCGAUAUGAAGAAGCAUCUAAUGAAUACACUUUGCAUUUGAGUAACACUUCGGCUGAAGACAAAGCAGUUUAUAAAGUGAUUGCAGAGAAUGUCUUCGGAAAGUGUGACACAACAGGAAAACUCAACGUCUCGUUAAACGCCACAAAACCAAUCUUCACUACAAAGUUGUCUGAUAGGGAAGCACUUGAAAACGAGACAAACAUAGAGUUUUCGGUAACAACGGAUUCGCAGACAACUAAGCCUACAAUCAAGUGGUUUAUUGACGAAACAGAAAUCACAGAAAGUGAUAAACGUUAUAAACUGGUGGUUGACCAACAGAAGGACGCAUACAAAUUGGUCAUAAAGUCAGCGACUGAGGAAUCUGUCGGUCAGUACAAGUGUUUGGCCACCAAUUCUUCGGGCAGUGCUGAGACUAGCGCUAAGUUUACUGUCGUUACGAAACCGAAGUUCAUUAAAGGCUUAGAGGACGUGGAGGCCAACGAAGGCGAGACCGUCGCCAUGACUGUCAAAGUGAAGGGUUCGCCCGAACCUGAGGUCAAGUUCUUGAAGGACGGGCGCGACGUAUCGGCGGAAGCGACGGUUGUCAUCAAAAAGGAAAUCGACGACAUCUACAUCUUGGAGAUCGAGAAUAUCCGCAUUAUUAUGAGUGGAGAAUACCAGUGCCAUAUCAAGAACACAGCCGGCGAGGCCUUCAGCAAAGGAACGGUUAUCGUAAACAGUAAACCAAAGUUCGUGAAGGACUUAGAAGACAAGGAAUCGGCCGCCUCUGAGAACGUGGUGCUCGAAGUGGUGGUGACGGGUAGUCCGACUCCAGAGAUCACGUGGUUUAAAGACGGGAAGCGAGUGGACGGAACUGAGCGCGUGAUACUGGAGUCCCGCGAAGAGGUGUUUAAAUUGAAGUUAGACAACGCAUCAGUCGACGACUCCGGGGUCUAUAAGUGCAGAGCGAGGAAUAAGUCCGGAGAAGUGGACUCCAAUGUUGCCAAAGUCAAUGUGAACGAAGGCGAUAGAGCGCCGGUAUUUGUCAAACACAUCGCUGACUCGAAAGUAGUUGUCGGCGAAGACGUUAGAUUUGAGACCAAAGUGGAGGCCAAACCCGAACCACAGGUCGUAUGGAGUAAAAACGGAGUGCAACUCAAGCCGAGUAACAAGAUUGAGAUGAGAGAGACGGCCGAAAAUACAUACGAAUUAGUCUUAAAAGACUUAGAGGUCGAAGACUCCGGAGAUAUACUGUGCAGAGCGGAGAACAGUAAAGGACAGGCGACAGACAGAGCGAGGCUCACAGUGCAGGAACCCGAAUCGCCGACAAUCGUAAGUUUGUCGGACGUGUCUGUCGUUGAGGAAAGUGCAGCUAAACUGGAGGCCAACAUCACGGGUACCCCGAAGCCAGUCGUCAAUUGGUAUAAAGACGGCGAACCGAUUGCCGACGAUCUAGUGUUUAGUGAACCGGAGAAUGACUUGUAUUGGAUUCAACACAACUCUGUCACUGAAGAGUUGUGCGGCAAAUACGUGUGCAACGCAUCCAACAGUGUCGGCGACGCUCAACAAUCGGUCCAACUGUCCAUCAGUGGUCGCAGACCUAAAUUUACCCGUGAAUUGGAUGACAUCAUAACGAUGUCCGUUGGGAAAGAGAAAGGAAAGUUGGUUUUGGGACAAAACGCGGUGUUUGAGGCCGAAGUGGUGGGUAUUCCGACCCCUAAAGUCCAGUGGAUUAAAGAUGGCGUCCAAAUGGUUCCCAGCGAUCGGAUUACCAUUAAUAAUGUGGAACAUAACUACACGUUGGAGAUCAAGACUCUCGCCCGGAACGAUGUGGCCCAGUAUGUGUGCAAAGCUGUCAACCCUCACGGCGAGGCCAAGAGUGUGUGUCUCUUGAAAUUCCAGGACACACCCCAUCCCCCGAUCGUCAAGAAAGAGUUGCCGAAGACUGUGACCGUCGAAGAAGGUACUCGAAUGUGUCUCGUGGCUCAAGUAGACGGCGAACCCAUACCUUCCACACAAUGGACCAAAAAUGGCGAACCAAUCAAACCGUCGGAUGACUGCAAGAUUGUGGACCGACCCGACGGAACUACAUCUUUGAUUGUGGAGAGCGUGAGUCCACAACAUUCGGGCGAAUACGCCGUCAAAGCCAUCAAUCUUAAGGGAGAAGUGAUUACAUCGACGGCAGUGAGUGUCGAACCGCCAAAACGGAAGCCAUCUUUCGAUAAAGAAUUACCGAAACAAAUGAUUUUAGAAGAGAAGCAAUCGUUGAAUCUGACGGUCAAAGUAGACGGACAGCCAACACCUGAUAUUAAGUGGACUAAAGACGGCAGUCCUGUCAAGACGUCCAGCAAUGUAGUGAUUGACCAAAACUCAGACGGAACCCAAUCGUUACGUAUACUCAGCGCAAAAGCCGAAGACUCUGGCGUUUAUAUGAUCCGAGCGACCAAUACUGGAGGUCAGACCACUUGCUCGACAGCAGUCAAAGUGAGUCCUCCGCAGACAGCGCCCAUCAUUGACAAGAAGUUACCAAAACGUGUAAGCAUUGAAUCGGGAGAACCUCUUGAAUUGGUUGCAAAAAUUAGUGGCGAACCCAUACCAGACGUCAAGUGGUCUAAAGAUGGCGUCGAUAUUAAAGAAUCCGAUAAUUUUAAAGUCGAAGUUAAAGCCGACGGAACCGUUACUCUUAGGAAAGAGUCAUCAGAACCGGAAGAUAAGGGGAAAUAUGAAUUGAUUGCAAACAACGCGAAAGGAAGUGUGAGUGCAGUCACUGAAGUGGAUGUAAAACCCGUUCAAUUCAAAGACAUUUUCAUCAAUAAAAUACCCCAAAGUCUUAACGUGUUUGAAGGACAGCCACUGCUGAUGGCGGCAAAAGUUGAGGGAAAGCCAGAGAUUGAAUGGACUAAAGACGGAAAACCAAUUAAGCCGUCGAGUGAUAUAAAGAUUGUCACCAAAGACGACGGAACUAUUGCAUUGAGUAUUGAGAGCGCAAAACCUCAACAUUCAGGACAUUAUGCGGUGAUCGCAAAGACACCAAAGGGUGAUGUGAUCUCAGCCAGUGAUGUCAAUGUAUUGAGCGGUGUCUUCAAAGCACCUAAAAUAGAGACACAAUUUCCUAAAACAGUAGACGUCUUGGAGGGAAAGCCAUUGAUCCUAACAGCAAAAGUCGAGGGCCAACCACUCGGAGACGUGAAAUGGCUUAAAGAUGACGUUCCUGUUAAACAGUCUGAUGGGUUCAAAGUUGAGAUAAACCCCGACGGAACUGUUAGCUUAAGUGUGGAUAAAGCGAGAACACAGGACUCCGGAAGAUAUACCCUUAUAGUGGAGAAUGAUUUGGGAGAAGUGAGGGCAGGCACUGAUGUGGACGUCCAGAAAGGACCCAUCAUUGCAGACAAAUUACCCGAAACUAUUGAAGUACUUAUUGGGAACCCGUUUAUCUUAAUUGCAAAAGUUGAUGGAAAUCCUUUGCCUAAAGUUGAGUGGACUAAGGAUGGAGUUCCUGUGAAAGCAACAGACGGCGUUAAUCUUGAGAUAAAACCUGACGGAACAGUAGCCCUAAGUGUAGAUAAAGCUAGAGUUGAAGACUCGGGUGAUUACGUAUUAAUCGCAAAGUCCUUAUCUGGAGACAUAAAGUCCGCCACUAAAGUGGACGUUCAAAAGGGACCCAUAAUUGUGGAUAAACUUCCCGAAUAUGUAGACGUAAUCGUCGGAAAAGCGUUGAGUUUAGCGGCGAAAAUUAUAGCCGACACUAAGCCUGACAUCAGUUGGACUAAAGAUGGUGUUCCCAUCCAAGCGAGUGAUAGCACAAGAUUUGAGACCAACCCCGACGGAAGCGUUGAACUAAAUAUCAGUAACGCUAAACCCAUCGAUACCGGAAAGUAUGCCAUCGUCGCGAAGACUGCUUCAGGAGAGGCUGUUUCAUGUAAGUUCAGGAAAGUUAUGUUUUGUGGUCUUUCGGGCGAUACUUCUUUAGACACCCCUCGAGACACGUUCUCCUCAUUUGUGUCUAUAUUUCUAUUGACAACUCUUUUACGCCGAUUGGAUUCAAGUGAUAGCACAAGAUUUGAGACCAACCCCGACGGAAGCGUUGAACUAAAUAUCAGUAACGCUAAGCCCAUCGAUACCGGAAAGUAUGCCAUCGUCGCGAAGACUGCUUCAGGAGAGGCUGUUUCAUGCAGUGAUGUUGACGUCCAGUCCGGACCCAUAUUUAGAGAACAAUUACCCGAAUCCGUGAAUGUUAUCGAAGGAAGACCUGUGAAUCUAUUCGCCAGAGUUGAUGGUAAUCCGUGGCCUCAAGUAGAGUGGAGUAAAGACGGCGUUUUGAUUGCUGCCAACGAUUCCACUAUUAUUAAGUGUAAACCAGACGGUGCCGUAUCCCUACUCAUUGAGAGCUCAACCCCAGACGACACCGGAAAGUACGCUGUGAUCGCUAAAAGUCCAACCGGUGAAGCCGUAUCUAUCAGUGACAUAGAAGUUAGAAAGGGUCCAAUUAUUAAAGAAAAGUUACCUCAAUAUGUAAACGUAUUGGAAGGACAACCACUGAUUCUAACGGCUAGAUCUGAAGGAAUAUCCAUCAAAAAUGUCAAGUGGGCUAAGGAUGGCGUUCCCAUUAAAGCCUCUGACAGUGUCAGAGUUGAGUCCAAGCCAGACGGACAUUUAGCUCUCAGCAUAGAUAACGCUCAGACAUCAGAUGCCGGCAAAUAUGAGUUAAUUAUCAAAACGCCAACUGAAGAGCUCAAGACGUCUAGUGAUGUGAAUGUCGUUAAAAGUGAUGAUAAAUCGCCUCAAUUGGUCACUAAAUUCCCUAAAGCUAUUGAUGUCAUUGAAGGAAAACCUUUGACUCUAACAGUUAAAGUAGAUGGAGAACCGAUGCCUGAAAUCAAAUGGCUUAAAGAUGACGUUCCCAUUCAAACCAAUGAUUGCAUCACAAUUGACACCAAACCCGACGGAACGGUAACAUUAAGUGUUGAUAACACUCGACCGCAAGAUUCGGGAAAAUAUAGUGUUGUGGCCACCAAUCCUUCGGGAGAGAUAAGGGCGUUGACUGAUGUGGUCGUCCAAAAAGGACCGGUAAUCGCACAAAAAUUGUUAGAAAGUGUAGUAGUGGUGGCUGGGAAUCCGCUGGUCUUACUUGCAAAAGUCGAAGGCUUGAAAGCGCCUACAUUUCAAUGGACUAAAGAUGGAGUUCCUGUUAAAGCUAAAGAUGGCAUUAAUAUUGAGACAAAACCGGACGGAAUUGUAGAGUUAAGUGUAGAUAAGGCUCGACUGCAAGACAUGGGUGAGUAUAGACUGACAGUGAAGGGGACGACUGGAGAUUUGGUUACGUCCAGUAAAGUGGACGUACAGAAGGGCCCCAUAAUUGUGGACAAACUUCCUGAAUAUGUGGACGUUAUGAUUGGAAAGCCUUUGACUCUUUCGGCCAAAGUUGACGGACAGCCCAUUCCUAUCGUUAAAUGGCUUAAAGACGGCAAUCGUAUCCAACCGUCAGAUUCAAUGAGAAUAGAGACCAAACCCGAUGGAAGUGUUGCUCUGAGUAUUGAUUGCAUACAAAGCGGGGAUUUAGGCAAAUAUACGAUAAUCGCCAAGAAUUGUGUCGGAGAAGCAGUCUCUGAGUGUGCUGUCGACGUCCAGACCGGACCUAUCAUUAGAGACAAACUCCCGGAGACGUUGAAUAUCAUUGAAGGACAUCCGUUCGAACUGAUCGCCAAAGUUGACGGAAAUCCUAUGCCUGAAGUAAAGUGGACUAAAGAUGGAGUUCCUGUUGAGCCGAUGGAAGGCAUUGAGAUUAGAUCCAAACCCGACGGAACUGUUUCACUAAACAUUGAUUGCGCACAAAAUGACGACUCCGGAAGAUAUGCCGUCAUAGCCAGGAGUCCAAGUGGGGAAGUGCUCUCAAAGAGUACGGUUGACGUCCAAAAGGGUCCUAUAAUUAAGGAAAAACUACCCGAAUAUGUAAACAUUAAUGAGGGACAGCCUUUGAGAUUGUUGGCUCGAGUUGAGGGCCAACCUAUUAAUGAUGUGAAAUGGACUAAGAAUGGUGUUCCCAUCGAAGCCGCUAAAGGCACAUCGUUUGAGACCAAACCAAAUGGUGACAUAAUUUUAGACAUUGAAAACACUCAACCGUCAGAUGCGGGCAAAUAUGUGCUAAUUAUCUCAACACCAAAUCAAGAUUUAAAAACAAUGAGUGAUGUGAAUGUCAUCAGAAAUAACUCAAAAGAACCGGAAAUUUUGAAUAAAUUCCCAGAAGUAUUGGAUGUGAUUGAAGGCAAACCAUUGUUAUUAAGCGCUAAGAUUGCUGCCGAACCCAAACCAACUAUUCAAUGGCUUAAAGAGGACAUACCUGUGGUCGCGGGUAAAGGUGUUAAAAUAGAGUCUAAACCGGACGGUACUGUAACCUUGCAUAUAGUCAACGCUCAGCCCCAAGACUCGGGUAAAUAUACUUUAAAAGUAGAGAAUCCUUUUGGAGAGGCGAAGGCUUCGAGUGAAGUGGACGUCCAGAAGGGUGGACCCAUCAUUGCCUGCAAUCUACCAGAAAGUGUAGACAUAGUGGUCGGCAAACCGUUGACUUUGGCCGCUAAAAUAGAUGGCGAACCAAAACCACAGGUCAAAUGGACUAAAGAUGGAGUUCCACUCACAGAGACUGAAGGCAUGACUAUUACCAGCAAACCCGACGGAACCGUUGAACUAAGUAUAGACAGAACUAAACCUGAAAAUACGGGUCAGUACGCAGUCGUGGCCUCAUCUCCAGCGGGCGAAGUCUCAUCCAUCAGUAAUGUUGAUGUUCUUAAGGGACCGUUAGUUUUGGUCAAACUUCCAGAAAGUUUAGAUAUAAUUGCAGGAAAGGCACUGAAUCUGAGGGCCAAAGUGGACGCACAGCAGUCGCCGUUAAUUAAGUGGACUAAAGAUGGUAUUCGUGUCGAACCCGACGAACACAUCCGCAUUGACUCCAAACCCGACGGAACUGUUUCUUUAGAUAUAGAUUGCGCUCAACUGAACGACACCGGAAAGUAUGCGGUGAUCGCCAAGACUAGAGAUGGAGAGGACGAGUCGUCCAGUAAUGUGUUUGUCCAGAAGGGACCGGUAGUUAUCGAGCCAUUGCCGGAAUCUGUUAGCAUAGUUGAAGGAAAACCACUGAAUUUGACGGCAAAAUUCGACGGCAAACCUAUGCCUGAAGUGCAGUGGUUUAGAGAUAACGUGCCGAUUAAGCCGACAAAAGGACUCGAGAUUAAGUCGAAACCCGACGGAACCACUUCUCUGAGCAUCGGUUCCGCUCAGGAGAAGGAUUCGGGCGAAUACGCGGUAAUCGCAAAAUCUCCGUCAGGAGAAGUCAUGUGUUUAUCAAAUAUUGAGGUUAAAAAAGGCCCCGUUUUUAAACAGAAGCUGCCCCGGGCUGUAGAGGUAGUUGCGGGUAAACCGCUUAAAUUAGUGGCCAAAAUAGACGGACUACCCCAACAACAACCCGUUCCACCGAUUGUCAAUUGGGUUAAAGACGGAUAUCCGGUUCGGUUUACGGAAAAAAUUAAGUUCGAGACCAAACCCACAGGACUCGUGUCGCUGAGUAUCGCGUCGACACUCCCGAAGGAUACCGGAAAAUACGCGGUCAUCGCAAAGACACCCGAAGGCGAGAUUGUGUCGACUUCUGUGGUAGCCGUCAAGAAUCUGCCAGUUUUUAUCGACUCAUUGCCGAAAACACUUGAUGUCGUGGAGGGAAAGCCGUUAAAAUUGUGCGCAAAAAUAGAGAACGACAGCAUUCCUCAAAUUGUAUGGACUAAAGACGGCGUUCCCAUUAAGCCAUCGGAUAGUGGAGUCCUCAUCAAAACAAAACCGGACGGAACUGUAAGUUUAGAGAUACUGAAAGCACAGUUAGGAGACAGCGGACAGUACUCAGUGGCUGUCAAAGCGCCCGAAGGAGAGAUCAAGAGCUCGUGUGAUGUAAGCGUCCAAAAGGGGCUCAUAAUUAUAGAUAAUUUGCCGCAUUCUGUGAGCGUAUGCGAAGGACGACCACUUCAUCUGAGUACUAGAAUUGAUGGUAAACCACUGCCAGAAGUGACAUGGAUUAAAGAUGGCGUCACUAUUAAGCCAGACUCUGAUGGCUUUGAGAUCAGGUCUAAACCCGACGGCACUUAUAUGUUGACCUUAGGUUCGGCUAAACCCACGGAUUCUGGAGAGUAUGUAAUGAUCGCCAGAAAUCUUAACGAAGAAGUGGUUGCCGUCACUAAUGUUGACGUCGAAAAAGGACCCGUUCUUCGCGAGAAACUACCAGAAAAAGUGAAUGUCGUUGAAGGAGAGCCAUUGGUGUUGAGCGCCAAGAUUGAGAGCGAGACUCCGCCUGAAAAGAUUAUAUGGACUAAGGAUGGCGUUCCUGUUAAGGCAUCCGACGCUAUUAAGUUAAAGACCAGACCUGAUGGCAGUGUAUGUCUGAGCAUCGAUUGCGCCAAACUAUCGGACGCCGGAAAGUACGCCGUUUUCGCGAAGAUCGGCAACAGAGGUGUCGGUUCUAUGAGUGUCGUCUCUGUAUCGAAAGCACCCGAAGAAAAGACACCGCAAGAAGAAGAGGUUCCCGAAGAGGACCAACAAUUGGAGUUCAGAGACAAACUUCCGAAAUCGUUAUCAGUAGUGGAGGGAAAUCCGCUGAAAUUGGUGGCAAAAAUCGCUCGACGAGGAGAACGCAUACCCGAAGUCAAGUGGACUAAGAAUGGCGUUCCGGUCGAGGAGUCAGAUCGCGUACGACGCGAAUGGACGCCAAACGGAACCGUUUCACUAAAGAUCGACAGCGCCUUGUUAUCAGACGCCGGAAGCUAUUCAUUGAGUUUCAAGACAUCCGACGGCAUGAAGAGCUGUGCCGUCGCUGUUCAGGUCUCACCCAAAUCAACUGUCGAUAGGCCGGUCUUCAUUAAAGGUUUGUCCAGAAUCUCUGCUGAAGAGGGAAAAUCCUGUCGACUCGAAGGUAAAGUCUCCGGAGAUAUCGAUUCAAUCAAUUGGUUCAGAAACGGAGAAAAAUUAUCAGCGAAUGAACACUUUGGGUUCGUUAAGGAAUCGGACGGUACUAUUGCUCUACUCAUUGAUUCCGUCAAAUCUGAUGAUUCGGGAGAAUAUUCUGUCGAUGUGUCCAAUAAGAGUGGAAAGGAUGAGAGCUCUGCUGUCCUUAAAGUCCUUCCAAAGGCCAAAGAAAAACCAAUAUUUUUGGAAGAAUUGAAACCAAUUAUUACCAACGAAGGCAACAAAUUAGUUCUUAAGGCUGUCUAUAAGUCAGACCUUCCGGUGACCGUUAAGUGGAUGAAAGAUGGUUUCGAUUUACAGUCCAAUAAUAGGAUCCAAAUAAGUGAAGGGACGGACGGAACGGUCACUUUGACCAUCGGAUCGGCACAACUGGACGAUAGCGGAAAAUAUACGAUUUCUGUGAUCAAUGACGAGGGAAGAGUGCGAAGUAGUGGUGCCGUCACUGUUGGCUCCAAAGGCGACAAUAAACCGCUUAUAACUGAAGGUCUCAUUCCAGUCACUCUUAUGGCCGGCGAGCUCGCGAAGCUGACAGUGAAGGCCACCGGAGAACCCAUUCCUGACAUUAGAUUCAUCAAAGAUGGCCAACAGGUAAUACCCAACGAUAGGGUGCAUAUCAAAGGUCAAGCCUAUGGUAAGACGGAACUGGUGUUCGAUGAGGUGAGGCCUGAAGAUGAGGGCAAUUAUACAGCCGUUGCAGUCAAUGACAGCGGAGAAGCCAGAAGUAGUGCUCCCGUUCUCGUCAACAGAUCGCCAAAGUUUGAGAAACCAUUGACUGAUACGACAGGAAUAGAAGGAUAUCCAGCAAAACUGGAGACUAAAGUGGACGGACGGCCUCAACCAGACAUCAAAUGGACAAAAGAUGGACAAACACUACGUCCAGACGGAACUCAUCUUAAACUGUAUGCGGGAGACGACGGCAUUCAUACUCUUUUAUUUGACAAGUGUUCACCAAAUGAUUCGGGAACGUAUGGUGUGAUUGCAAGCAACGAAUUCGGAAAAACUGAGACUUCGGCCCCGUUUUCAGUAAAAUCCAAAACAGAAGACAUGGGACCCGAUUGUGCGCCACUUUUUAUUGGUUCCUUACGAGACGUUGUGGUAAAUGAGGGACAAACCAUCGAUUUCUUUGCUCAAAUCAAAGCCAAUCCUAUCCCCGAUAUUAAAUGGUAUUUCGAAGGCCAAGAGAUCAGGACUUCUGCUAAGAUUCAAAUAUCUUUCGACGGAUCGAUGGCUCAGUUGAAGAUAACUAAAUGCGAGACAAAGCAUAAGGGCUUAUAUGAGCUGAAAAUCUCUAAUAGUUUAGGAGACUCGACCUCUAAAGCAAAGGCCGAUGUAAUGGGCAAAAGUGGACCCAAAUUUGUCCAAAAGUUUAGUGACUCAGAAGUGGGUCUCUCGGAGCCUUUGAAACUGGUUUGUCGAGUGAUUGGUUUCCCAGAACCAGAUAUAGAGUGGUAUUGUAAUGGAAAUCGUAUUGAAGCGGGAAUUCAUUACAGUAUUAUCAGAGAAGGAGACGUCUCUUCUCUUGUGAUCGUUCGGCCAACAGAUAAGAUGACCGGCGCUUAUGAAUGCAGAGCCACUAAUAUCUGCGGCACUGAUAGCUGUAAAGCGAACAUAACAUUCAUGGACACAGAGGCCAGAGGAGAGUCCGCCUCUUUCUUCAAGAAACUGUCAGAUUGUGAGGUUAGAGAGGGAAAGACAGCAAAGUUCACGGCUUGUGUGACCGGUUCACCAAAACCAGAGAUCAAAUGGUUUAAGAAUGGCGUUGAGUUCGACCCCUUGUCGUCGACAUCCAAAUACAAUGUCGAAUACUUGAGGAAUGGGUUGAUUCGGUUCGAGAUCUAUUCGGUGGAGGCGUCCGAUUUAGGCGAAUACCGGUGCCAUGCGAUGAAUACUCACGGCUACGACAACUCCAUCGCACACCUGAAGUUCGAGUGUAAGCCCUGUUUGAUGCCAUCAUUACUACUUGAGGCCAAUCAAAGAGCAAUCGCACAGUUAAUCCCAGAAUUACAACCCUUUCAUUAUGCGCUGUCAGCCCUCUGUCUGUUUGUGUCACUAAUUAUGUUUAUGAAGGCUUGCGGUCCCCCAGAGUUGCCGUGCGAUACAUCUCUCGACUCUAUUAGCGAAUUCAUAUUCAAAUGCAUUAGCGAGUCAUGCAAUCCUACCAGUCCUGCUACUCCUCCUAAAUAAUCACUAUCUAAUAAUUAUACUCAUUUUUUGCGGUAACGCCUCUUAAUAUGAAUGAGCGCUAACUUUCUCAUUGGUUUUUAAAUUACUUUCAUUUUAUAAAUCUAGUCAUUUUUGAGUAAUGCUUAGCUUCUGGCUACCCAUUCCUCCCGACCUAUUGUUGUCG